UCGGCAGCCAUGGAUCUAAAGGCAGAUUCGGAGGAGAUGGACUGCGAGCAACCACCUCCCAUUGAAGUUUUCGCCAGCAGGUCCACGCUGCAUGGCAUCUCGCACAUGUUCACGUUCGACCGGAUCGGGAUCAAGCGUUGUCUGUGGAUUCUGUUCUUCUUGGGCUCCGUCACCGCUCUCCUAUUCGUGUGUGUCGACCGGAUACAGUUCUACUUUGAGUAUCCUCAUAUCACUAAACUGGACGAAAUCACCGCGCCGCUGAUGUUUUUCCCCUCCGUCACCUUUUGCAACCUCAAUUCCUUCCGAUUCAGCCGGGUGACACGGAACGACCUGUACCACGCAGGGGAACUUCUUGCAUUGCUUAACGGGAGGUACGAGAUCCGCGACACUCACCUGGUGGAGGAAAACGUCCUGGAGACACUCAAGGUGAAGGCAGACUUCGCCACCUUCAAGCCACGCCCCUUCAACAUGCGCGAGUUCUACGACCGCACCGGCCACGACAUCAAGGACAUGCUGCUCUCAUGCUUCUACAGGGGCUCCGAGUGCAGCGCUGAUGACUUCAAAGUGAUCUUCACACGCUACGGGAAGUGCUACACCUUCAACUCGGGGCAGGAUGGGCGCCCCCUAAAGGUGACCAUGAAAGGAGGCAUGGGCAACGGCCUGGAGAUCAUGCUGGACAUCCAACAAGACGAGUACUUGCCAGUGUGGGGAGAAACAGACGAGACUUCAUUUGAGGCGGGCAUCAAGGUACAGAUCCAUACGCAGGACGAGCCGCCCUUUAUCGACCAGCUGGGCUUCGGCGUCGCACCCGGAUUCCAGACCUUCGUCUCCUGCCAGGAGCAGCGGCUGACAUACCUGCCGCCUCCGUGGGGAGACUGCAAGUCGACUCCGAUGGACUCUGACUUCUUCAGCACCUACAGCCUGACGGCCUGCCGCAUCGACUGUGAGACGCGCUACCUGGUGGAGAACUGCAACUGCCGCAUGGUCCACAUGCCAGGUGAUGCCCCAUACUGCACCCCUGAGCAGUAUAAGGAGUGUGCAGACCCUGCGCUGGACUUCCUGGUGGAGAGGGACAAUGACUACUGCGUGUGUGAGACUCCGUGCAACAUGACCCGCUAUGGGAAGGAGCUGUCCUUUGUCAAGAUCCCCAGCAAGGCCUCCGCCAAGUACCUGGCCAAGAAGUUCAACAAGACCGAGCAGUACAUCUCAGACAACAUCCUGGUACUUGAUAUCUUCUUCGAGGCCCUGAACUAUGAGACGAUCGAGCAGAAGAAGGCCUACGAGCUCGCCGGCCUGCUGGGUGAUAUCGGAGGGCAGAUGGGCCUGUUCAUCGGUGCCAGUAUCCUGACCAUCCUGGAGCUCUUUGACUAUCUCUAUGAGGUGAUCAAGUUCAAAGUGUGCCGCUGCACCAAAGGCAAACACAAACGCAGCAGCAACAACAACGACCGUGGAGCCGUGCUGAGCCUGGACGAUGUGAAGCGUCACGCACCCUGUGAAAACAUGCGCACACCCACCACCUAUCCUGCCAAUAUGCUACCUCACCACCCUGCACAGGGCAACUUUGAGGACUUCACCUGCUGAGCCAAUCCCGGUGAAGUGAGAGGGGGA